AUGGCACCUCCGAAGAAAAAAGCUCGACGGGCUGUGGCCAAGACGGAUGCAUCCGAGGAGCAGUCCUCCAGCGUCCUCACGGACUUUCGUACCUGUUGGAUGAUUAAAAGCGACGAGCAGAUGGUCGAGCUCAAGGUCAAAGGGGAGACCUUCCACGUCGCCAGGGAUGUUCUCACCAAGAACUCAGACUACUUCGAGGGCUGCCUGAACGGCCGUUUUACUGAGGCGAAGAAAGGCGCCGUUGACUUCAACGACGAUGACAUCGAGGCGCGGUACCUCGCUCUUUACAUCGGACUCGCGUACAGUCACUCUUCAAUCGUCUCUCCCCUCCCAGCCCCUCGUCCGGCUCAGGACCCCGAAACCGUAGCUGCCAAGACCCCCAUGCGCGACUACAUCGAGAUCUAUAAGCUUUGCGACCGUUUCAUCAGCCCUGUGAUGGGCGACUUCAUUGCGCGCUGCAUCAACGUCGCCAUUAGCAAUGGGCAUCGCGCUCUGUACCGCACCGAAGGCGACCAAGGAAUCCAAAAGCUCCUCAUGCGAGACUUUGCCGACGGCUACGAAGCCCUGAACAUGCAACACAAUGUGCAGAAAGAUAUCGGUAGCGGGUUGAUCACCUAUUUCUGCGAAGGUGUAAGCUACCGAGCCUGGAUGGAAAACAUGGACGAGCUCCAGGACCGCCCCAAGUUUGUGGCUGCUGUUUCGGGCGGCUUUGCUUCCAAGCUGCUCGAGGUGCAGCUCAGCCGCAAGAAAAUGCGCAAGGAGUUGGUCGGGCCUGGUCCUGCUUGA